UGACAACAGCACAGUUGGAGCUGGGAACUUCGGACGCAGGUCAGCAAUCUUGCUCACAUUUAUUGGAUCGCAGUAAGUCACAUGCAGUGUAUAAAUAGAGAGGGAGGCUCAUCAGUGUCACAGACGUCACAGAUCACAUCACUGAGGUGUCAUCAUGAGGGUGUUUGCAGUAUUCCUUGGGCUGGCGGUCCUCUCAGGCUGCUAUGCCAGAAGUGUUCCUCUGGAUGAGAUGAAGAACUCCUGGGAAGUCCCGGUCGAGAAGUUUAACGAUUAUUUCACCGACCUGAACUCAAAGGCUGACAGAAUGGUGAAGGGCAUCAAGAGCUCCCAGAUCAACCGGGAACUGGACUCCUUGAUCUAUGACAGCAUGUCAGAGCUGACCCAGUACAGAGAGCACCUGAAGACCAAGCUGGGCCCCUACACCCAGGAGGCGGCGGGGACCCUAGGCAGAGAUCUGCAGAGGACCUUCGGCAAGCUGGACGGGCGCCUGCUGGAGGCCCGGGAGCAGAUGGAGAAGUACAGACUGGAGCUGACGACCAUGAUGGAGCAGAACACCGACGACGUGAGGGUCCGGGUCUCCGCCUACAGCCGCAAGCUGAAGAAACGCCUCAACAAGGACACAGAGAGCAUCAAGAGAACUGUUGAAGAAUUAUUUGGGAAUCUUCACUCCAGCACCUCCAACAACAUGGAGGGCAUGAAGGAGCGUUUCGACCCUUUCUUCGCUCAGGUGCGGGACAACGUCCAGGCAAAGAUCAGCACCCUGGGUGGCCUGUUCCACGACACCACCGAGGAUAUGAAGGACCGCAUCGAGACCACCGCUGAAGACCUGCGCUCCACGCUGCAGGACAAGUUUGAGGAGCUGAAGAACUGGUUCCAGCCCUCCAUGUAAACCCUGUAACCAACAGAGAGGACCAUCAGUCAAAACCACCUUGAAGAGAUUCAUAACCAAAGAUGUUCAGCUGUUAUAGUACACACCACCUCCAUGUCUGAAUGUGUAGUAGAGUCACUGAUGCCUUUCAAUAAAAAAACAUCUGCUCACAUGUGUGUAAUGUAUAUAAUAAUUUAAUAUCCAGUCCGAAAGUUCUCUGGUCCAGAUGUCCUCCUUUGUUUGCAAUAUAAAUGACUUCAACAAAUAA